GUUGCCCUGACCAGCGAUGGCGGAGCGCGUGGAUGGUGAGAGGAAGGCGCUCGAGAGGCGGCGGAAGUGAUGCUUGCCUCCUCUUGGUUGGGCGAGAGCGAGGGGCGGAAGACGCCGGCGAGGCUGAGCGCGGGAGGGGGGCGAGCCUUGCUCCCGUUGCCAGUUGCACAAUGGCAGACACUAAUCCCUCCCCCCUGAAACACUUUGUGCUGGCUAAGAAGACGAUUACUGCCAUUUUUGAAGAGCUCCUGGAUUAUGUUACGGAAGGAACGCAUUUUGUUGAAGAAACUUACAAAAACCCGCAACUUGAAGAUAUAGCCACCAAGGAUGAACUGGCAAAAAUAGAGGAGUACAAGAAGAAGCUGGCAGUCAUUGGUGGGGUACUCGCACGAAGACACAUGAAAGUAGCUUUUUUUGGCAGAACCAGCAGCGGAAAGAGUUCUGUCAUCAAUGCCAUGCUGUGGGACAGAGUGCUUCCCAGUGGCAUUGGGCACACAACCAACUGUUUCCUCAGCGUGGAAGGAACAGAUGGCGAUAAGGCUUACCUCAUGACUGAGGGCUCGGAUGAAAAGAAAAGUGUGAAGACUGUUAAUCAGCUUGCGCAUGCCCUUCAUAUGGAUAAAGACUUAGAGGCUGGCUGCUUGGUCCACGUCUUUUGGCCAAAGGCUAAGUGUGCCCUCUUGAGAGACGACUUGGUGUUAGUGGACAGCCCUGGCACCGAUGUCACCACAGAGCUAGACACCUGGAUUGACAAAUUCUGUUUGGAUGCCGAUGUCUUUGUUUUAGUUGCGAAUUCAGAGUCAACCCUCAUGAACACAGAAAAGCAUUUUUUCCACAAAGUAAAUGAAAAACUUUCUAAACCAAACAUCUUCAUCCUGAAUAAUCGAUGGGACGCUUCUGCAUCAGAGCCGGAAUACAUGGAGCAUGUGCGCAAGCAGCACAUGGAGCGGUGCCUGACGUUCUUGGUAGAUGAGCUCAAGGUUGUGGAUCCCUCCGAAGCCCAGAACCGAAUCUUCUUCGUUUCGGCCAAGGAAGUCCUCAGCGCCAGGAAACAGAGAGCCCAGGGCAUGCCUGAGGGAGGUGGGGCACUGGCCGACGGAUUUCAGACGCGCUUCCAAGAGUUUCAGCAAUUUGAGAAAAUGUUUGAGGAGUGUAUCUCGCAGUCAGCUGUGAAAACCAAGUUUGAGCAGCACACUAUCAGAGCUAAACAGAUCCUAGACACAGUGAAAAACAUUAUGGACUCCAUAAACGUGGCAGCAGCCAAUCAAAGAGUCCAUUCAAUGGAAGAGCGAGAAGAUCAGAAGGACAGGCUGGAAUUUGUCCGCAACCAGCUCAACCUUUUGACAGAUGACAUCAAGAAGAAGAUCAAAGGAGUCACGGAGGAGGUAGCCAAUAAGGUAUCUUCAGCCAUGACUGAUGAAAUUUGUCGGCUUUCUGUUUUGGUAGAUGAGUUUUCCUCCGAUUUCCACCCAUCCCCACAAGUUUUGAAACUAUAUAAGAGUGAGCUCAACAAGCACCUGGAAGAGGGCUUGGGAAGGAACCUGGCUGACCGUUGCUCCAGUGAAGUCAACAAGUCUAUGUGUCAGUCGCAGCAGGAAAUGAUAGAAAGCCUGCAGGCCCUGCUGCCUUCCGACGUCCAGAGCAAGCUCCACUUGCUGAUUCCGUGCAGGAAGUUUGACCUCAGCUACGACCUGAAUUGCAACAGCCUGUGCUCCGACUUCCAAGAGGACAUCACUUUCCGGUUCUCGCUGGGCUGGACGGCCCUCGUCAGCCGGUACCUGGGCCCCAAAAACGCUCACCGGGUGCUGCUCGGUGUGGCGGAGCCAGUUCUUGCAAUCCCUCGUUCUCUUGCCUCCACCCCUUGUGCGCCCGCUGCUCCUGCUCUGACCCCAGAGAAUGCAUCACAGGAGGAGCUCAUGGUCUCGUUGGUCACCAACUUGGCGUCGCUGACCUCCCGGACCUCCAUGACCGUCAUCAUUGUCGGAGGACUUGUUUGGAGAACGGUUGGCUGGAAGGUCAUCUCCCUCUCCCUGAGUUUAUAUGGGCUUCUGUAUCUCUACGAGAGGCUCACUUGGACGACCAAAGCCAAAGAGCGAGCCUUCAAGCAGCAGUUUGUCAACUACGCCACAGAGAAGCUUCAGAUGAUCGUCAGCUUCACCAGCGCAAACUGCAGCCAUCAGGUGCAACAGGAAAUGGCCAUGACUUUUGCUCGCCUGUGCCAGCAAGUUGACAUCACGGAGAGGAACCUGGAAGAAGAGAUUGCAAGGUUGUCCAAAGAGAUUGCUCAGCUGGAGAAAAUCCAGAACCACUCAAAGCAUCUACGGAAAAAAGCUGUCCGCCUUGAAGAUGAGUUUGACUGUUUUACAAAGGAUUUUCUCCAUAAAAAGAAAUGAAGAGAAGGCCUCGUACUUUUUGGCUGCUCCAGGUGGAAUUUACAAGAUGACACUACUUCCCAUCCCUGCAAAGUCACAUGAAUUUUUCAAGCCCCCUUUAUUCUACUUUCCCAGUUGCUGCCUGGCUCUUUUGAUGCUUAGAAAAUGAACUGUGCCUGAGAGUUAGAGGAGCGAAGCAGUAUUACCACUGAUUGAAUCCUUUUGCAUCUUUUCUUAGAAAGAGAAAUAAUUUAUAUUUACUGGUGCGUACAGAAAAUUAUUUGGCAGUGUAAAAAUAAUAAAACUAGCAGACCUAUCUAGUAUUUUGUAUUAGUGUUUGCCUAAAGGACAGCCCCCCUCUUUCUGGCAUCCAGGAAGAGAAUAGAGUGAAUUCACCCCUAAUCCUGUGUCAAAGUCUUGUAUUAGCUGGAAUUCUCUGUGGGAAUGUGCGCUGCUGGCUUUUUCCAGGACUCUUGUUACAGAGCUGAAGUAUUGUGGUGACAGAUUUCCAAAGCGAUUUACGAAGUUUGAGUGCAGAGACAAUCACUAUGGCUGAGCAUUAGGCAUAACUCUGGAUUUCCCAUUCUGUUGAAAGGGACUAAGACUGUCAAAUUUUAUUUGUCAUGCUCUUAAAGCUUUAAUGCCCUGGUAAUUAGACCUUCUCAGUCAAGAUUAGCUAGCAACUUUGUUUGUAGAGAAGAACAUGGCUUAGCUCAGAGAACUGUUCUGGAGAAACACCCUUUUCAGUGAUGGCAUACGUCCUUUUGACCCAAUGGUAGUUCUUGAAAACCAAAGCGAUGUCAUGCGUAUGAAGCUAGAAUAAGGGUGCCUAGUUUUGAGGUGUCUGGAAGUCCAUAAUUCAUUCUAUUUGCCUGGCCCAAGCCAAGCAUUUAAUUUCAGGCUGCAUGCCCAAAAUUAACGCUCUUUUAAGACCCUGAAAAGCAUCAAGACUAUUCUGUUAAGGGGGCAACUGCAUAAGCAGAGCGGUCUUUAUUGCACACGGACUCUUUUGCUGAUGGUGGUUCAGUUAGGACCUCAAUGAUGGUCUGCAUCAGGACCUACAACCUGAUGUUGCCUCCAGCUCAGGCUUCCUCAACCUCUGCCCUCCAGAUGUUUUUUGGCCUACAACUCCCAUGUUCCCUAGCUAACAGGACCAGUGGUCAGGGAUGAUGGGAAUUGUAGUCCCAAAACAUCUGGAGGGCCAAGUUUGCCUAUGCCUGCUCCAGCUGCUUCAAUCUACCAUGGUUGCACUGAAUGAUGCGAGUUGCUUACCCAAAGCAUCUAGAGAGGGGGGCACCAGGUUAGGGAUGUCUCAUCUGCAUAAUCAAGGGGCUCUCCUGCUUUUUGAUACCCGUCUUCCCAUGACAAUUUUCGGUCAGUGCAUUUUACAAAAAAGAAAUGCAGAAGUUUCAGUUGCUCCUAGAAGUGAUCUUUGAGUAAUGCGUUUGAAACGGAUGAACUGUUUAUUAUGAGUGAAGCUGGCGCGGAAGUUUUUUCUUUCUUUUAGGUACAGUUACAAAAUAUGCAUGUUUUUUUAAAACCAAAAAGGAGAACUUAGUUGUAAAAGAGCCCGUGUUUUUGUAGUGUUGCUUGAACACGAAAAUCCACUGCUCAGGAAGGGCUAAUAAAACUGCUGGGUUGGUAGAGACUUUUGUUUAGCAAAAAAAAUUGAGGUUCACUCUUGUAUUUUUACUCUGGUGCACUGAAAUGUCUGACGCGAUUCUCCUCCUUGGAAGUGGGUGGUGGGUGGGUGUGUUUCAUUGUGAAUACAGCCAGUAGGAUUUUUAACAUUUGAUGAAUGUGAAACUAAAAGGACACCAUGAACUGUACAGACUGCAACUAUUUAAGGUCUACGAUUCUCUAAAAACAACGGAUAGACUUACACACAUCUUUUGUUAUGGCACAUUUUGUAGGUAUUUAUAUUGGCCAAGGAACACAACGAAUUUGAAAGCUACUCACUCAGUAGCUGCUUUCUUCAUUCACUUUUGUCAUACAUGUCGUUCCAUGUUUCUUUGCUGGCUGUAUGUAUGAAGAUUUGACACGUUGGGAGAAUUCUGCUCUCUAAACUGCGAAGGCUCGAAGGGGAAACUAAAAACCUCACUGCAAUUGGUAUUUUCCUCCCAAGAUUAUCACUUUAUUGUUGGAAGUCCUAACUAAAUAAACUUCUAGACUUCUUUGGUA